UUUUUCCUCGUUUUUUAUCGCCAUGGAUGCCGUGUGGCAAGCUUUCCAAAAUACCGUUGGCGGAGAUGCCACCCUCAGCCGGGCCGAGAUGGAAGGCACCUUAAUACGCCUCGGCGUCAACAAAGCCAACGUGCAGGUUUUGCUCUCCACCAUCCCCCCGACGAAGAAUGGGAGGUACGACUUCUGUGAGUUCCUCCGUAUUUUGGAUGUAGACUGUGCAGCCAAAGAAGCAGGCGAUGAGCAUCAAGAAGGUCUCUACGACUUGCUGGUCCUUGGCUGCGGCCCCGCAGGUGUCACCGCCGCCCUGGAGGCAGCGAGUCGCGGGCACCGCGUGGCGGUGCUGGAGCCCUUGCGGAAACCCACGGGAGCUCCCACCGGGGCCUACUCCAAGUGCAUCCGGGAAGCUGUGAUGAACAAAAAGUGGACCUGGCCUGAGAUCCAUGAAAUGGUCCAGCAGAUCACCUUCAACGCCAACCAGAACACCAUGCGAAUGCUGCGCGUUUUUCACGUCGAGGUCCUGCAGGGAUCGGCGUCCUUCGUGGACCAGAACCGCGUGCAGCUCACCAAGCCCGACGGCACAGCGACCGAGCUCUGCAGCACUGCGGUGGUCAUUGCCACCGGCUCCCAAGCGAAUCGACUGCCGCAGAUCGAUUUCACACUUCCCGGUGUCUUCGAUUCCGACACGAUUAACCAAUUGGACUUCAUCCCCAAGUCCAUGGUGGUGCAGGGUGGUGGCAUCAUUGGUCUGGAGUAUGCCAACAUGUUUGCCAAGCUGGGCGCAAAGGUGGUGGUCAUCGAGUUCAUGGAAAACAUCCUUCAGAUGUUGGAUGUGGACCUGAAGGCUGCAUUGAUAAACGACUUACAGAGCAACAAAGUGCAAAUCCUCUUGAAGACUGGAAUCAGCUCAGUGACACCCUUGGAAGGAGGUGUCCGUGGGAAGCCUUUGCUGCUGGUUGAGACGACAAACGGCAACUUCAAGUGCGAAGCUCUGUUGUCCGCCACGGGGCGUUGUGGAACCGUCGAGGGAUUGAAUCUGGAGAAGGUGGGAAUCAAGACAGGCCGGGGCAAGAUGAUUCAGGUCGAUGAGAACCAUUACACAGGAGUGGGCAAGAUCUAUGCUGUCGGAGAUGUGGCAGGUGGGAACCUGGCAACCGUUGGACAAGCCCAAGCGGUGCGGGCGGUGCGAAAAAUGUUCGGAAGUGGACAGUACACUCUGCAGGACAAGGCUGUGAAACCCUAUACCGUGUGGACGAUCCCGGAGAUCGCUUGGGCUGGGCUCAAUCAGCAAGAAGCAGAUACCAAGGGCCUGAAAUAUGGUGUGGUCCAGGCGGACUAUGGGAAGACUGUGCGUGGCAUCGUCAGUGGAGAGCCCGGUUUUCUGAAGCUGAUCUUCGACAAAACUGAUGGCAAAGUUCUGGGCGUGCACAUUUGUGGCGCGCAGGCUUCCGAGCUCAUCAACUUUGGUGCAGAUGCGGUGAACAACGGCACGACGAUCUUCGAUAUCCUGCAGUUCGUCUUUCCGGCGGUGACGUUCCACACCCUCUACGGCUGGGCUGCGGCCGAAGCGAAGAUCAAAUUCAGCGGCGUCAAGAGCCUCUCCGGUGGGGCCGGUUGGAGCCGCUUGCGCAGGACGAUCAUUCGACAUUUAGAACGAUCAGACUCUGAACUGACCUUCGAGGAAGCAGUUUGUCAAGCAUUCCUGGCCUUUGACACCGACAGCAGUGGAUUCCUGGACAACCAGCAGCUGAAGGAUGCCAUGCGAAGCCUGGGAGUGGACAUGGACGACGAUGCCAUCCAGGAGAUGAUGAACGAGGCAGAUGAAAGUGCUGAUGGCGUUGUGGAUUACAGCGAGUUUCUGGCUGCGUGCAAAGUGCACACCGGCGCGGACACAGGGAAGCUGCAGCGGGGUCAGACCCAAACGGCCCAAACGCUGAAUCUGCGCAUGCCCAGCAAGGCGAAACAGGUCUACGAUUUGGUGGUCCUAGGUUGUGGACCUGCAGGGUUGAAAGCAGCUCUGGAGGGGGCUGGACGUGGACUUCGCGUUGUGCUCAUUGAACCCAAGGAGCAUCUAACGGCAGCACCCACUGGAGCACAUUCCAAGUGCAUGCGCGAAGCGGUGAUGGAGAAUAAGGUCACGUGGCCGGAGAUUCGCACCCUCAUCGAACGCGUGGUCUCCGAUGCUGAGGCCAAUGCUGCGCGGCUCUUGCGCACCUUCCACGUGACGAUCCUGCGGGGCUCCGGCAGUUUCCUCGAUCCUUCCACCAUUCGCUUCACCGAUGACUUCGGUGGCACCCAAGUGCUGAAGACCUCGGGGUCAAUCGUGGCCACCGGGUCGCGGGCCAACCGCCUGCCGAUGGUGCCCUUUGACCUGCCAGGUGUGUAUGACUCGGAUACCCUGGCGGAGAUCGACUACAUCCCGAAGAAGAUGGUGGUCCAGGGUGGUGGAAUCAUAGGCCUGGAGUAUGCCAACAUCUUUGCCAAGAUGGGCACGAAGGUGAUUGUGGUGGAGUUUAUGGACAAAGUGCUGCAGAUGCUGGAUUGUGAUUUGCAAGCUGCCCUCUUGGCGGAGCUCGCGGCCAACCAGGUGGAAUUGUUAUUGAAGACAGCAAUUAAGCGCAUCGUUCGAGGUAAAGGCGGCACACGUGGUCAUCCGGUGCUGGUCGUUGAGCUGGAAGGGCAGAAACUGCAAUGCGAUUGUUUCCUCUCCGCCACUGGUCGCAGUGGCGCGGUGGAUGGCCUGAACCUGGAGGCCGUUGGAGUGAAAUUGGGCCGUGGAAAGAUGAUUCGAGUCGACGAGAAUCAAUUCACCGGCGUGGGGCAGAUCUUUGCCGUGGGCGACUGCGCUGGUGGCAACCUGGCCACCCUGGGACAAGCACAAGCCGUGCGUGCAGUGCGGAAGAUGUUUGGCAGCGGGAUGUACACCCUGAAGGACAAGGAGGCGAAGCCUUACAUUGUGUGGACCAUCCCAGAGGUGGCUUGGGUGGGUCUGAAUGAACAAGAAGCACAGCAGAAGGAGCUCGACUUUGGAGUUGUUCGCAUGGAUUAUCACCGAGCUGUUCGGGGCAUUGUGAGCGGAGAAGAGGGUUUUCUGAAGAUGAUCUACGACCGGCCGCACGGCAGGGUCCUUGGUGUUCACAUUUGUGGUGUGCAGGCGGGCGAGCUGAUUAAUUUUGGCGCGGACGCCAUCAACAACAGCACCACGAUUUUGGACAUGCUGCAGUUCGUGUUUCCAGCAGUUACCUACCACGUGCUGUACAAUGCGGCCGCGGCCGAAGCGAAGCUCCGGAUGGCGGGUGUCAAAGACAUCAGCGCGGCGGCGUCCUGGGCGAGGGUGAAGAAAGCCAUUGUUAAAAACAUGGAAAAUUCAUCGAUCACCUUUGAGGAGGCUGUGAAGGCCACCAUGAAGAAGUUCGACAGCCGCGGGAAGCUGCGCUUGUACCCCGACGAGAUGAAGGCACUGGUGGAAAGUCUCGGCCUUCAACUGUCAGAUGACCAGCUGGAGGCCAUGAUCACGGAGGCGGAUCUGCAGCAAAGAGGAUUCGUGGACUAUCCUGACUUUGUGGCCGUUUGCCACGUCUGCGGAAUGGGUCCUGUGAAGACAUCCACCUGAGAGGCGGCGAGAUAAAAUAAACUAGACGAGAUCGAUGCCGAGGUUUCCACAGUAGUUUCU